UGCAGCCCACAUUAGAAUAAAAUAUUGUUCAAUAAAUGGAUAAACUAAUGGUCAGCAGAAAGUAGGCGGCACAUAUCAAACCGCUGCCACGUGUCCGGCUAAAAUUCGAGCUGGCAAACUAAAAACGCAAUGAAGUGUAAACUCGAAGUCGCGACAACAACAACAACUGGAAACAACAUGUGCAACGUUGCAGGCAAACGCAAUGUAAACAACUUGCGGGCAAGUUGUACAAUUCGGUUAAUGCUGCCGCUCCUGGUGUUGUCCUGCCUGCUGCAUGUGGCUCUGUCGGAGCCGCUGAAAGUGAUCUACGCUGUAAAUGCGGGCGGCGAUGACCAUACAGACCAGAACGGCAUACACUAUGAGGCGGAUCCGUUGAACGUGGGCAUUUCCUCGGACUAUGGCAAGCAUUUGCUGAUGAUUGGCCGCGUGCCGGAGCAGGACGAGGUGCUCUACCGCACCGAACGCUAUCACACAACCACCUUUGGCUACGAUUUUCCCGCCGAUGGCGACGGCGACUAUGCGCUUAUCAUGAAGUUCUGCGAGGUCUACUUCGAUGCGCCCAAUCGCAAGGUAUUCGAUGUGCUGCUUAAUCGCAAGCACACGGUGGUCAAGCAGCUGGACAUCUAUAAUCAAGUGGGACGCGGCUCGGCCCACGAUGAGAUUAUCUACUUCAAGAUCAUCAACGGACGACUGCACUACGAGUACGAGGGUGAAAUUGAGACAUCGGAUGUGCGCAAUGGUCGUUUGCGUCUGGACUUUAUCAAGGGCGCACUGGACAAUCCGAAGAUCAAUGCAUUCGCCCUGCUCAAGGGCGAUGUCUCCCAGCUGCCGCGCCUGCACAAUACCGUGGCCAGCGAGCGGCGUGCCGAGCCCGAAGAGGAGGACAAGCCGCGUGUGCCGCGUCCACGUGAUAAUGAACAGCAUCAGGAGCGCAUUGUGCGCUACAAUGAGCGACAGGUGCAAAGAGGCUACGAGGAUGAUGAGGAUGAAGAUGAAUACGAUUUAGAGGAGGGUGAGCCGCAGCCCGAAAUGCCGCAACGUCACCAGCACCAACAACAACAACAACAACAACAGCAGCAGCCGCAACAGCAGCAGCAGCAGCAGCAACAACAACAACAACAGUCGACGCAGAGCUCCAAGCGAACGCGCAGUGGACCACGUCAGCCAAAUCCCUAUUCGAUGGAUGACUCCUCCAUUUUAAUGCCAGUUUUCAUAGCCAUUGGGGCGUUCAUACCGCUGCUAUUUUGCCUGUGCAAGCUGUGAUCCCCAUGGGAUCUAUUGGGCUGCCCCCGUGGGAGCGUUCGUGUUGAUUUUUGUGAUUUUUAUAAAAGACUUAAUUAUAUAAUUAUCGUUUAGCUGUAGCGACAAACUGUAAA